GUGAGGCUAUCUGUACAUAUGAAUUUUAAUGCUUAAAAUAUUAAAUAAAAAACAAUUUAUAUAAAAAACUGAAAAGCUACGUUAAUAAACUGACUUAUAAGCUGACUUUGCUAUUUCACCAGAAGAGUCAGAGACAGGGCCUCACAUUUCAAUUCUCCUUCCUUCGUUAUUUUUCAUUCGUAUCUUUUCAACUUCCCGUUUACUCUUUCUGGUUAUGAUAGCUUCCUAUAACGGUCAACCACGUAUUUCUGAUACCGUCGAUUGAGUUUAUUAAACACGCUUCCUUUCAAUUUUAUAAUUUUACCCCUCUCUGUAAACCACCUCUACUUUGACGAUGCAGAACACCAAGAACCACCGUAACGACCUGGUGGACACUCACUGGCGAAGAUUAACAGAUAAUUCGUCGUCUUUUUACGGUACGGCGACUACCGUGUCCGGAUCACAAUUCUGGCGACCGAAAACCAUGCAGGAUCUUGUACCGUAUAGGAAGCGUGCGGCAAUGACGACGGUGUCUGAGGUUUUGCCGAGACAGCCUCCGAAGUUGUUGCUUAAGGUUAUGAUCAUGGGGAGCCUUGGCGCCGUGCAAGUGUUGAUGACGCCGAAAUCGAGUGUUGGAGAUUUGAUAGCGGCCGCGAUGCGCCAAUAUGUGAAGGAAGGUCGCCGUCCAAUCUUCAUUACUCUCAUCACAACAUCGUUUUUUAUAAUAUUAAUGUUUUGAUAUCUUGAUAGGCAGCAAUUUAUAUAAGCUGUCUUAUCUUAUAACUGAAAAUCUAUAUGAUAUCGUGAUGUCUUGAUACGCAGCA